CUCCUCUUGAACUCGGAAACGAAACCUCUCAUCAACACCGGAUCAUUUCCUGCGGGUCACAUUUUUACUACAGUUUGAGAGAAAUGGCGGACAUGGAUGAAUUGUUCGGGAGCGACGGGGACAGCGACAAUGAGCAGAGAGUGUCUGGCUCUGGCUCUGGUUCAGACUCCGAGCAGGAGAGACCUCGAUCUGCUAGCAACGCCUCGGCCAGUGGCAGCGGCAGCGACAGUGAGAGGGAAAGGAAUGACGAUGAUGAUGAAGGCCAGGAGGCGGGGAAAGCCAGUAUCAAUAAGGAGCUGUUUGGAGACGACAGUGAGGACGAGCAACACAGUCAACACAGCGGCAGCGACAACCAGUCGGAGCGGUCGGGGAACCAGUCUGACGCCAGCAUCCACUCGGACCAGGCGGACAACGAUCACUCCGAUGCUGAGCAGCACAGCGGCUCGGAGCGCGGCCAUCGGGACGAGGACGAAGACGAAGAGGACGCUGGCCGCCGGUCGGAGGCAGGAAGCCCGGCUGGAAGCCCGGCUGGAAGUCCGGCAGGAAGCCCAGUUGGAAGCCCAGUUGGAAGCCCGGCUGGCAGCGUGAUGUCUGGAGAAGGGAGCCCUCGCUCUGAGAGGGGAAGUGUCCGUUCGGACAGAAGCGUUCACAGUGAUCCCGGGACUCCGCAGUCGGGGCCGGGCACCCCUCAGUCCGACGCAGAAGUGUCCGGCAGGGAGAACCAGUCAGACGAUGAGAAAUGGGAACGAGGGGCUAAGAGCGACCAGUCGGAGGAUGAGGAGGAGAAACGCCAUUACUCCGACGAGGAAAGAGAGAACUCUGAUGACGAGGGGCCGAGGAACAGGAAGUCAGAGUCUCCAAAGGGCAGUGAUAGUGAAGAUGAUUUCCUCAGACAGAAAACCAAAGCGAAAGCUGCCUCUGAUUCAGAUUCAGACAGCGAUGUCGGAACAAAGAAAGUAAAGAAGACGGCAGCAGAUGACCUGUUUGGAGAGGCUGACGACAUCUCUUCAGACAGCGAUGCAGAGAAGCCUCCGACCCCGGGACAGCCCCUGGAUACAGAGGAUGGGAUGGACGGGGACCAUGCAGAAGAGGAGCCUACAGCUGAAACCCGUAUAGAAGUAGAGAUCCCAAAAGUCAGCACAGACCUAGGAUCUGACCUUUAUUUUGUCAAGCUGCCCAACUUCUUGUCUGUGGAGCCAAGACCCUUUGAUCCUCAGUACUAUGAGGAUGAGUUUGAGGAUGAAGAGAUGCUGGAUGAGGAGGGACGGACCAGGCUCAAGCUGAAGGUUGAGAAUACCAUCCGUUGGCGAGCCAAGAAAGACGAGGAGGGAAAUGAAGCCCGCGAGAGCAACGCGCGCAUUGUCAAAUGGUCUGAUGGCAGCAUGUCCCUCCACCUGGGGAAUGAAGUGUUUGAUGUUUACAAAGCUCCUCUCCAGGGAGACCACAACCACCUGUUCAUCCGACAGGGCACCGGACUGCAGGGACAGGCCGUGUUCAAAACCAAACUCACAUUCAGGCCCCACUCCACAGACAGCGCCACCCACAGGAAGAUGACCCUGUCUCUGGCUGACCGCUGCUCCAAGACACAGAAGAUCAGAAUCCUUCCCAUGGCGGGACGGGAUCCUGAGUCGCAUCGCAAUGAAAUGAUCAAGAAAGAGGAGGAGCGGCUGCGAGCUUCCAUCCGCAGAGAGUCCCAGCAGAGGAGGAUGAGGGAGAAGCAGCACCAGAGAGGCCUGAGCAGCAGUUACCUGGAGCCCGACCGCUACGAUGACGAGGAGGAGGGCGAGGAAGCCAUCAGCCUGGCAGCCAUCAAGAGCAAAUACAAGGGAGGAGGAGGCCUGAGAGAGGAGCGAGCGAGGAUCUACUCAUCAGACAGUGAUGAAGGCUCUGAUGAUGACAAGGCCCAGAGGCUGAUGAAGGCCAAGAAGCUAGACAGCGAUGAGGAGGGCGAAGGGUCGGGCAAGAGGAAGGCGGAGGACGACGAGGAAGUAUCCACCAAGAAGGCCAAGAAAUAUGUCAUCAGCGACGAAGAGGAGGAGGAGGGGGAGGAGGAGGGGGAGGCGGAGGCGGAGGUGGAGGCGGAGGUGGAGGAAGAGGCGGAGGAAGAGGAAGAAGAGGAUGAUGAAUAAUUCACUUUUUUUAUUAUCAUUCCCCUGUAUUAGCAGUGCUCAGCCCACAUGGCAUAUAAACAGCCAUAUCUUGUUUUGUAUAUUUUCUUAAGACCUGCCUGUGGGUGAGUGUGAUUGUAUGUUUUGCUUGUUUAUGUUGUGUACAGAAAAGGUGAGAAAUAAAGAAA